GUUAGCUACGGAAGCCUGCGGGGCAAUAACAAACUGAUUGAAGGGGGUUAAACAAAACGCUUCUUUCCUUUUGGAGUUUUGCUUCAUUCUUCUGGAUUCUUCGGGCAUAAUUAGGACGCUCCCGCCGGCAGGGUGCGUUAGAUUUAACCCCUCUCUGCCUCCGUCCGUGGCUCUCUCGCGAGUCGUCCUGGCGCCGCUCAACUCGCUGACGGACACAACUGGGUAAAGUGUUCCGGAGUCAAGCCCGGUGAUAAAGAGCGGUUCCGGUGUCGGUUCUGACCGCCGCGGGGCUUUCAGGACGGAGCCGGUAGGAGAUGUCGCAGCGCGGCGGGUUUAGCUGGACGGUGGUCGUCCUCACGUGCCAGCACAAAGACAGCGAGCACGCCUUCCAGAGAGAGCUGGAGCUGCGGCAGCAGCGAGGCGUCCUCCCCCCGGCAGCGCUGCUCCUGACGGUGAGGGACCGGCAGGAGCCGGUGGGCAGCGGGGGGGCCACGCUCAACGCCCUGCUGGUGGCUGCUGAACACCUGAGCAGCAGGGCCGGACACACCGUUGUGACGGCCGACGUCCUGGACGACGCUCACAUCCUCAUUCUGCACACGGGGCGGGACUUCCCCUGGAGCUCCUGCAGCAGGGCCUUCUGCUGGCUGCCCCACCAGAAGCCUGAUCAGAAAGUUCAGGCCCCCGUCUGCUGCCUGGACCUGCUGCUGGACUGUCUGAGUGAGCAGAUCUGUCCCGGUUCUCCUCCGGGGGUUUGGGUCUGCAGCACAGACAUGAUCCUCAGCGUUCCCCCAGACUUCGCCAUGUCCUGGCGGGGGUUCUCCGGCGUCCGUGUCGUGUCGCUGCCGGGGGACGUUUCCUUCGCCGCCCAUCACGGGGUUUACCUGUGCGACUCCCAGGGUGUCGUCCGAGACAUCGUCUACAGAGGGACAGAAGACCAGAUCCAGCAGGCAGUGAUGCCUGAUGGGAAAGUGCCGCUGGUUUCUGGUCCCGUUUUCUUCAGCCGCUCCGUUUCAGAGAAGCUGCUUCAGACUCACGUGUCUCCUCCUCUGGACGGCUGCACCUACCAGGGCCUGGACUCCGGAGCUCCGCCCCUCCAGAUCUCUCUGUUCCUGGACCUGCUGAAGUGUCUCUGCUCAGACCUGACCCUGCACCAGUUUGUGAGCGAGGAGCGAGCGGGCUGCAGUUCCACGGCGGGCCCACAGGGGGCGGCGGUGCGGAGCGGCCGCUCCGAGCUGUGGAGGAUCCUGAGAGGAGCUCAGCUCAGCCUCGUGUACGUCCCCGGCGGGCGCUACGACUACCUGACCCCGUGUGGGAGGAGCCACGUGGAGCGGCUGACUCGUGAUUGGACGGACAGAAACACUCUGUCUCACAUCCAGAACGAGAGUCUGGUGAGCGAAGGAGCUCGGAUCAUCAACAGCGUCCUGGAGGGAGACGUUACCGUGGCGACUGGCGCGGUGGUCCAACACUGCCACCUACAGGGUCCUCUGGAUGUCCCGUCGGGUUGUCUGCUGUCGGGACUCGAACCGUCGUCGUCUCGGAGCAUCGGCCGGCUGCCCAUCGGUGAAGACAUCAUCAUUCAGGGCCAUCGGAUCGAGCUGGGAGAGAUGAGACUGACCGUCUACACGGCUGCGGGAUCACAUGACCCGCUGGAGGUCUCCUCUGACGACAGCACCGCCUCUUUCCUCAACCAGAGGUGGAGCGACUUCUUCAGCAGAACAGGAAUCCAGUGCGAGGACCUGUGGGUGCGGGGGGAACCACACUCCCUGCUGGAGGCGCGGCUUUUCCCGGUGCUCCACCCCCGAGGAGGCAUUGUGGGUCUGGAGGGGGGCGUGGCCUGGCUCCUGGGGGGCGGCGGCCGCCUGCAGGAGUGGAGGGAAGCCUGGAGGCUCUCUCUGAGGGAGGUGCUGUCACUCAGCCACCAGGAGGCGGAGCUGCAGUGGAGGGAGGAGCUGCUGCUCCUGGCGGGGAGGAGGGGGGUCACCGAUGCCCUGAGGAGUCGCUCCGAUGCCUGCCUGCUGCCUUGCUUCAGGGCAGCGGUGCUGGGAGGCCAGCAGGAUGCGCUGCUAGAAACUCUGGACACCAUUGCGGCCGGCAGCAGCCAGCAGGGGGCGGAGUCUGGAGCGGAGCUGGGCGUGGCCGCCCGCUGUCUCUCCUGCAUCGCCGACGUGCUGGUGUGUAUGGCGGGGGGCCGGGGGGGUCUGAGGAGCGGCCCGGCGGCCAACAGGGCCUGGAGCUCCGCCUACGCCCUGCUGGAGGAGGGCGACCUGAGGGGCGGAGUCGGCGCCCUCGCCGCUCAGCGGCGGUCGUGGCUCAGCAGGCCGAACCUGCUGGUGCGGGCGGCGCGGCACUACGAGGGCGCCGGGCAGGUGCUGCUGCGGCAGGCCGUGAUGUCAUCGCAGAGGUUCAUCUCCAUUGGACGAGGGGAAGUCCCGCCCCUGGGGGAGUGGCAGGAGGUGCAGUGUCCGGCUCGACUGGACCUGGCGGGCGGCUGGAGCGACACGCCGCCCAUCGCCUUCGAGCACGGCGGCUCCGUGACCAACGUGGCGGUGAAGGUCGACGGGAAGCGUCCGAUCGGCGCUCGGGCUCGACGCAUCGCUGAGCCCCGCCUCCUGCUGGUCAGCCACAGCGGGGGGCGGGGCAGCGGCGUUUCCACGGAGACGGUGUGCGAGCGUCUGGACGACCUGAAGGACUACUGCCAACCGCACGCUCCCGGAGCACUGCUGAAGGCUGUGUGUGUCUGCAGCGGCCUGGUGUCUCUGAGCUCCCAGCAUGCUCUGGGAGAUCAGCUGAUGCAGCAGUGGGGAGGAGGCGUGGAGAUCCACAGCUGGUCAGAGCUGCCCACUGGUUCAGGACUGGGUACCAGCAGCAUCCUGGCGGGGGCGCUGUUGGCUGCGGUCUACAGGUGUACAGGUCAAAGCUACACCACAGACUCUCUGAUCCACGCCGUGCUCUACCUGGAACAGAUCCUCACCACAGGUGGAGGCUGGCAGGACCAGGUGGGCGGUGUGGUGGGGGGGUUGAAGGUGGGCCGCUCCUCGGCGGCGCUGCCCCUGAAGGUGGAGGUGGAGCGGCUCCGCCCUCCGGAGGACUUCCUGGCGUCUCUGGAGCAGCACCUCCUGCUGGUGUACACCGGGAAGACGCGUCUGGCUCGCAACCUGCUGCAGGACGUGGUUCGGAGUUGGUACAGCCGGCUGCCGUCGAUGGUGACCAACGCCCAGCAGCUGGUGUGGAACUCGGAGGAGUGUGCCCGAGCCUGUUCGCACGGCUGCCUGACCUCUCUGGGUGCGUGUCUGGACCGGUCGUGGCAGCAGAAGAAGCGCAUGGCGCCGGGCUGCGAGCCGGCCUCGGUGCGCGCCAUGAUGGACGCCCUGCGGCCGCUGGUCCUGGGCCAGAGCCUGGCCGGCGCCGGGGGCGGCGGCUUCCUCUACCUGCUGACCCGAGAGCCGCGGCAGCGGGAGGCGGUGCUGCGGGUGCUCCACGGCACGCCGGGUCUGGGGGACGUCAGCGUCCACUCGGUGCAGCUGGACAUGGACGGGCUGACCGAGCUGCCGCCCUACUGCGACCCGCACACACCGGGCAGCGUCUGACAGGUAGCAGUCCGGGUCCAACACUCUGUUCCUGCUCAGACCGGCAACCGCAACACACACACACGAUUGAAGUUAAUCAGUUAAAUCAGUUAAAUGAUGAACUUAUUACGACAUAAUAAUCAAUACAUUCAUGACUACAGUUUUUUCUGUUGUGGUGGUGCAGAGUGUCACAUGAUGGAAAUUUCUAUUUUUGCUUCAAAAAUCAAACAAAUGACAACAAAUGCAAAUUCAUUCCAGUCAAAGCUUCGGAUGAAGGGUGGAUGUGGAUUUUCUCUUUGAUUUAUUGAUGGAACAAGGUUUUUUUUUUGUACUUAUGUUUUAUCAUAUUGUAAAAUUUUCUCUGACCUGAAGGAUUAAAACAAGUUGCGGUG